UUACUUUCAGGUUGUACCACUGCCUCCAGUUUCCUUGGCAUGACAAACAGGAAAAUUCGUGACACUGAUAUCACAGCAUCCUCAGAAUUAGAUUCAAAUUUAUCAGCAUCAAAUGCAAGACUAAAUAACACAAAAUCUUGGGUUGCUGAUACAAUUGAUACACAACCUUGGAUACAAGUGAAUUUGGGAAAAAUUAUGAACAUUACUGCAAUCAGUACUCAAGGCUUUCCAGGUUCUGGCUUUGUUGCAUCAUUUUACUUCAGUUAUGAUACCAGUGAAAUGGAGUGGUUGAACUAUACCAUUCAUGGA